CUGGCAGCCGGCAUUCUGACCUGGUACGCCGCCAGUGUCGGCUCGACGAUCGCUUGCGCUCAUACGCGACGUCGGAGUUCUACACUCGCACUCGUACACUUCCUUCUCUCUCCCUCUCGCUCGCACGGUGUGUGUGUGUGUGUGUGUGUGUUGGCCACACGCAUACGUACAUAUUCGCAAGAACCGACUGCCAGCACGGCGAGAGAGUAUCGCGGCGGCGGCGGCGGCGGCCGCGGGGAUCCAAGAAGAAGAAACAGUGUUGUGUCGACGGUUGUGUGAAGUAGCUCGGUAGCGAUAGCAAUAAUUAUUAUUGUUGCUACUACUACAAGUCGAGAACGCAGUGCUUGUGUGCCGUAUGUUGUAUAAUAGCCGCUAGCAGGACGGAUCCGAGCGAGUGUCGCUUAGGGGGGGCCACGUGCUGCUGCCGCUGUUCCAGAGUCGUACUCCGUGCGUAAGCUUCAGUCGGUGCGCAGCUCAACACGUGGUGCGUGCGUUCCCACAAAGGAGGCGCGAUGGACCUGCUGUGCUGCGAGACGACGGCGCCGGCCGAGUGUGUGGCCUACCCGGACCCGGCCCUCCUCGCCGACGACAGGAUGCUGCAGAACCUCCUCAGGAGCGAGGAGAGGUACGCGCCGUCGGCCUCCUACUUCGGCUGCGUCCAGAGGGACAUCUCGCCCAUCAUGCGCAAAGUCGUCGCCGAGUGGAUGCUCGAGGUAUGCGAGGAACAAAAGUGCCAGGAGGAGGUGUUUCCGCUGUCGAUGAACUACGUGGACAGGUUCCUCAGCAUCUGCCCGAUCAGGAAGUCGCAGCUCCAGCUACUCGGCACCGCCUGCCUGCUGCUCGCCUCGAAGCUUAGGGAGCCCAGGCCGCUGUCCGCGGACGUGCUCGUCUUCUACACCGACAACUCCAUCACGCACGACGAUCUCUGGAGGUGGGAGCAACUGGUCGUGUCGAAGCUCAAGUGGGACCUGUCGGCGGUGACGCCGGGCGACUUCCUCCUCUACAUCCUGGCGCGACUGCCCGUCGACCAGCGAUCCUGGGACUCGAGGAUGGUGCGCAGACACGCGCAGACGUUCAUCGCCCUCAGCGCCAGAGGACUACCUGCAGGGCUGUCUCGAGCAGAUCGAAGAGAUGGUGCGCAACGGCGGUGGCGGCUCAGUCUCCAGCCAGUCCGGCUACCCGAGCGAUGGAGUCUCGCCGAUGGGGGGGCACCAGAGGCCGCUGGGCGACCAGGACACGACGUCCCAGGAGAAGAUGAUGGAGCACGAGAAGGCGGGCACGCCGACCGACGUGAGGGACGUCCACUUUUGAGCGCCGAGCGGCCAGACAGCCAGGACGAGCAUCAGCAGCAGCAGCAGCAGCAGCAGUAGUCCGCUGCGCCCGGAGCACCGCAGCGACACGAGCUUCACUUACGCCUCCUGAUCAAUGAGAGAGCAAGACACACUCGCCACACGCAAACGAGGCGAAAUUAUCACGGCCCGUCGGAGCAGGUCCAGCGAGAGACCGCGAUUUUUUUUUAUUUUUCUUGGUCUGUACCACCGAGGAGAGCUUCGAUCUGUUUCUGCUCUUAUGUAGCGCAUUUUUACAGUUGGCUUUUUUCUGUACGACCGCCCUGUGCGUUUCGGCAAGUGCUUUUGUAUUCUUUUAUUUUUUUUGGUACCUUUUACGGAGUUUACUUGUACGUUUUUUUUUUACCCAACUUUUGAUUUGCCUUUUAUUUCGAUUUUUGUUUUCUUAUCGCCGCUAAACGUACAGAACUGCGAGCAUUUUGAUACAUUUAUUACGAGACGCGAUAGGCACGGCGAGCAGGAAAUUCGAUAACUUUUAUUGAAUCACCGACGAUUGUAAAAAUAUAACACAAACGAGCAGAAAGUUUAGUUUUUAAAUUUCAACCGUGAAAAUUCAAAUGUCCUUCGACGAUGGAAGAGCACGACUCAUUAUUUUUUUGCCUACCAGAUGUUUCAGUCGAGUUUUAUGAGAUCGCAUUUUUUAGUUCUUUUGAUCGAGCAUGUAAUAAGUAUUACGAGGAGAGGGUAAACGAAAAAGGAGGAAAACAUCGCCUCGAUGUAUCCUUUUUCGAAAACAUAAGAAUAAACAAAAAAAAACACGAAAAAGCGAAAAAAUAAAAUAAGCGACAAUAAUGUGCAAGCGAAAAAUGAACUGUUGUUAGGAGGCGUGCUGGGGGAAGGCAAUGCAAUACGCUUUACGCAUUAUUUAAGGGUACACUUAAUUGUUUUUUAACUGUCGUAAAAAAAAAAUAAUAAACAAACGAGCAAAGAAGCCGUUAACGACGUCGAUGUAUAACCGCUAUUCUUUGGAAUUGAUAGAGGAAAAAAUGCGAACACAAGAUUGCACAUAAAAACGAAAAAAUGCAAAUAGUCAUAUCGAGUCAUUUAGCGUUUGUAUAUAUUACGUUAUUGCUAUUAUCUUUACUACAAGUAAUAUUAUUUUUAUUAAUUAUUAAUACUAUUACACGUUACUACGAAUAAAUAAGCGAAUGUUGGAAAAUAUUAUGGCGCGACUGAACCAGCGAGAAUUGUUCUUUCGCUCUGUGAGAGCGCGGAAUUUUUUACGAUAAUGUUCAUUAAGUGCAUAUGCGAAUGUUUUCAAUUACGGAAAGACUAAAAAAAGAAUUGUAAAAGAAAGACAAUUGCGAAUGUAGAAGAGUAACCACGCUUAUUUCUACUCGGUUCCUAAAACGUAUAAGAGCGAAUGUGGAAGGAGCGUUAUGAAAAAAAUGUGUAGAUCGUGUGUAUGUUGAAAAAAAACAAAAGAUUUACGAUGUUACAAAAAAAAUAAUUAUUUAAUUUAAAAAAAAAGGUCAGUUAUAGAGAUGUAAGGAAAGUUUGUGAAUGUGUUUAAGACACAAGUAAUGCAUUUCUUUUGUAUUGUAUUUACGUAUUGUUUUUAGUUCAAAUUUCUUAACUCUUUCCUAGAAAAAUGUUCUGCAUGUAGUGGAUAAAAUUUUUCAUCGAUCCUAAUGACUUGCUCAAGUGCAUGAUGCCGAGUUGAGGUUUGAUAAAUCGCAUUACUGAUCUGUUUUAUACACUGUUUACAACUUUUUUAAUCACGCAAAAUCGAGAUUUUUUUGUCGUUUUCAAAAUAAAUAUGUGAUGUUUCACAUUUCUAUACAUAAUUUAAAAAACAUGUUUAGUUUUUUUAUAAUAUAUAUUAUGUGAAAUCGAGUGAAAAGUUUAAGGAAAGCAAAAGAGAUUGAAUGUUUUUUAUCAAGCGCUGUACAUAAAUAUUCAUAGAACGCGUAAGUUCAUAAGUUAGUUAAGUUUAAGGUAUUCGUAUUUUUUGUAGAUAGCGAAACCGAGAAUGAAAAAAAAUCGACGCUGUAUAUUUUUAAUAAGUCGAACUGAGCAAAUGAAUGGAAGCGCAUCAGUGUUUAAAGAACUGGUUAGUACUUAAAGAAAAGCUAGUGCAAGAAAGUAGACAAAUAGAAAUGAUGUUAACUGAUGGAAAAUAAACGGAGAGACAGUGAGCAGUUAAAAA